AUGCCCAACCCGGAGAGACAUGGGGGCAAGAAGGAGGGCGGCGGCGGCGGGGGGGCCUCGCAGCGCGCGCCCGGCGCCUCCAACAGCAAGGAGCGGCACCGGCCGGCCUCGCGGCACAAGCGCCACAAGUCCCGGCACUCCAAGGAGGCGCCGGCGGCCGCCCCGGAAAGCGCGGCGCCCUUGGGCGCGGUGAUCAAGCCGCUCGUGGGGUACGACGACAUCAGCUCGGACUCGGACACCUUCUCGGACGAUGUGGCCCUCAAGCUGGACAGGAGGGAGAACGAGGACAGGAAGGCGGAGAGGAGCGAGAGGGCCCAGAAGCACCGGCACCACCAGCACAAGCGCAUUCGCGAGCUGAUGAAGAGCAAGCAGGCGGAGAAGGAGAGGAAGCUGGAAAAGAGCCUGGAGGCGUCUGGCAGGUCAGGAUCCACCAAGGACAGGAUAUCGGGAUCGUCCAAGAGGCUCCUCGAUGACAACGAGGAGCACCCAAAGUCGCUCUCCUCCAAGAGCAGCAACAAGGAGUCCCGGUCAGCCAAAGCGCACAAGGAGAAAUCCAGGAAGGAGCGGGAGCUCAAAUCCAGCCACAAGGAGCGCAGCAAAAGCCACCGGAAAAGGGAUGCUCCGAAAAGUUACAAAACCCUUGACAGUCCCAAGCGGAAAUCCAGAAGUCCCCACAGAAAGUGGUCAGACAGCCCCAAACUGGACGACAGCCCCUCGGGAGCCUCCUACAUCCAGGAGUUGAGACUUGCUUCGUGUGACUUGUCUUCCCGUUCUCCCCACAGGAAAUCCGUGAAGUCCCGCAGUCGAAGUCCUGGCUAUUCAAGACACUCAUCAUCUCACAGUAAAAAGCAGAGGUCUGGGUCACGCAGUCGCCAUUCCAGUAUAUCCCCUACCAGGCUGCCGCUGAACUCGAGUCUGGGGGCCGACCGCAGCAGGAAGAAGAAGGAACGAGCGGCGGCGGCAGCGGCUGCAGCCAAGGUGGAUGGAAAGGAGGCAAAGGGCUCGCCUGUUUUCCUUUCUAGAAAGGAGAACAGCUCAACUGAACUUAAGGAGUCUGGAACAGAGUCUAAAAAGGUCACCAAAACUGUUAAAUCUGAAAAGUCGUCUUCAGAUACAGAAUUAGUUAAUUUACUGUAUACAAAUGCAGAGACUAAAGCAUCUGCAGACACAAUAAAAGUCAAAGCAGAAGAGAACUCUGAAAAGAAACAUCCUGUUCCAGUUAAAGAUGCAAAACAAAUGGGAACAAAAGACUCGAAGCCUGUAGUAGUGAAAGAGGAGCUUCUGUCUCCAAAAGAGACAGAGGCAGCAGAGAAGGAGAUUCCACCCCCAUUGCCCUCAAUCAAAUCACCUCCUCCGCCUCUGCCGACAACCACGCCGCCACCUCCGACUCCGCCGCUGCCACCUUUGCCUCCGUCACCUGCUGUUCCUCCUCUGCCACCAUCCCAACUGGCUCCCGUUCAGCUCCCUGCUUCAGUCCCGACAUCUUUGCCAUCUUCCUCCCACCCAAGGACGUCUACUUUAUCCUCUCAGGUGAACUCUCAGUCUUCUGUCCAAGUCGCUACAAAAACCCAAGUGUCUGUGACGGCUGCUAUCCCACACCUGAAAACUUCGACGUUGCCUCCGCUCCCGCUCCCCCCUAUUUUAGUUGGGGAAGAUGACUUGGAUAGUCCAAAACAGAUUCUUCCUCCGAAGCCUGUGAAGAAAGAUAGAGAGCAGAGACCACGACACUUACUCACGGACCUCCCGCUCCCUCCAGAGCUCCCUGGAGGGGACCCAUCUCCUCCCGACUCCCCAGAACCAAAGGCAGCCACACCACCUCAGCAACCGUUCAAAAAGAGACCAAAAAUCUGUUGUCCUCGGUAUGGGGAAAGGAGACAGACGGAGAGCGACUGGGGGAAGCGCUGUGUGGACAAAUUUGAUAUCAUUGGGAUUAUUGGAGAAGGGACGUACGGGCAGGUGUACAAAGCCAAGGACAAGGAUACAGGGGAGCUGGUGGCCCUCAAGAAGGUGCGGCUGGACAACGAGAAGGAAGGCUUCCCCAUCACCGCCAUCCGCGAGAUCAAGAUCCUCCGGCAGCUCAUCCACCGCAGCGUUGUCAACAUGAAGGAAAUUGUCACGGACAAACAAGAUGCACUGGAUUUCAAGAAGGACAAAGGUGCCUUUUACCUUGUGUUUGAGUACAUGGACCAUGACCUAAUGGGGCUGCUAGAAUCCGGGUUGGUACAUUUCUCAGAGGACCAUAUCAAGUCUUUCAUGAAACAGUUAAUGGAAGGUCUGGAUUAUUGCCACAAAAAGAACUUCCUUCAUCGAGAUAUCAAGUGCUCCAACAUCUUACUGAACAACAGUGGGCAAAUCAAACUUGCAGAUUUUGGACUCGCCCGACUCUACAGCUCAGAGGAGAGCCGUCCAUAUACAAAUAAAGUCAUUACAUUGUGGUAUCGACCUCCAGAAUUGCUGCUAGGUGAGGAGCGUUACACACCAGCCAUAGAUGUGUGGAGCUGCGGCUGUAUCCUCGGGGAACUGUUUACAAAGAAGCCUAUUUUUCAAGCCAAUCUGGAACUGGCUCAGCUUGAAUUAAUCAGCCGACUCUGUGGGAGCCCCUGUCCAGCAGUGUGGCCGGAUGUCAUCAAGUUGCCCUACUUCAACACUAUGAAGCCCAAGAAGCAAUACCGAAGGCGCCUGCGUGAAGAGUUCUCCUUCAUUCCGUCGUCCGCGCUCGACCUGCUGGAUCACAUGCUGACGCUGGACCCCGGCAAGCGCUGCACGGCGGAGCAGGCCCUGCAGAGCGACUUCCUGAAGGACGUUGACCUCAGCAAGAUGGCACCCCCGGACCUCCCCCAUUGGCAGGAUUGCCACGAGCUGUGGAGCAAGAAACGCCGACGGCAGCGGCAGAGUGGGAUCGCAGUGGAGGAGCCACCGGUAUCAAAAGUUUCUCGGAAAGAAACUACCUCUGUUACAAGCACGGACACUGUCAAAAACAACAGCAGUCCUGUGCAGCCACCGCCUGCCCAGCUCAAAACAGAGCCCGGUGUUGGAGAUGCAGUAGGCCUUGGAGAGAUCACCCAGCAGCUGAAUCAGAGCGAACUGGCUGUUUUACUGAACUUGCUGCAGAGCCAGACUGAUCUGAGUGUCCCACAGAUGGCCCAGCUGUUGAAUGUACACUCGAACCCAGAGAUGCAGCAGCAGCUGGAGGCUCUCAACCAGUCCAUCAACGCUCUGACAGAAGCCACCACUCAGCAACACGAGUCUCAGGCGGCGGCAGCAGAGGAAGCCAUAGAAGAGCCACCCACGGAGGCCCCGCCACCGGAGGAGCAGGCGACUCCAGAAGCAGCCAGCGCUCAGGGAGACAUGCAGAACGUGCUGGCUGUUCUGCUGAGUCAGCUCAUGAAGAGCCAGGAGCCUGUCCUAACGCUGGAGGAGAGCAACGGGGAGAAGAGCGGCGAGCAGCGGGGGCCCAGGAAAACCCCCACCGUGCACCCGGAGGAAAGCACAGCAACAUCCUGGGACGACCUCACCAAAUUCUAGAAGCGCCUCCUGAGUAUGUCUCAAAACUCUCCAGGGAGCCUCUUUUGGCCCGAUACACAACUCCUCUGCAAUGUAGCUGAACGUGCUGUGUUCUCGUGCCUUCAACAUACCCGCCCACCACAAGCCAGUUGUGAUUGUGCUUUUUUUUUUGCCCUAGAACUGGAAAAUAAUUAGGUUAUUGUAGAGCAGAUUCAAUUAAAUAACUUUGUUCUCUGUUAUAAUUAUUUUAAAUGGUAUACUGUCCCCAAAUCAGCUUGGCUUUAAAAUUACCUGAAGAUUGUUUUCUGGAUUUAAACACAAUCUAGUUUUAAAGUGGACUGACUGAUAUGGGUGGAGGGGUGGUCCUGGAAGACUACUGGUUUUCACAAUAAAGUUUGACCUUUUUAAUAACCAGUUUUGUAACUGAUUUGAGGAUCUGAUUCAACCAAGGUAUCUGUGCCCUCUUAUAU